AUGGCUUCCUCCAGUCCUCCACCACAGGCUGCCUCAGGAGAUCAGCUGGUUCCUGGAGGAGGCCCAGGCCCCUCCCCAGAGGCGGAGGACGACCCCGGAGAGCCCUUCGAGUUUGACGACAGCGACGAUGACGAGGACACCAGUGCUGGCCUGGGAGCGGACGCGGACGCCCCACUGAUCCGUUUGGACGUGGCCCCUGGCACGGACCCAGACCCAGCGGCCUCACCGCCCCAGACACAGGUGCCGGCUGUGGUGAGCAAUGGCGAUGCCGUGGACACAGCUUUGUCCGGGGUCCGGCGCUCCAGCUGGAAGCGGAAGAGUUCCCGUCGAAUUGACCGGUUCACCUUCCCCGCCCUGGACGAGGAUGUGAUUUAUGACGACGUCCCGUGUGAGAGCCUGGAUGCCCACCAGCCCGGGGCGGAGAGGAGCCUGCUAUACGAGGAUGUGCGCCGGGACGGGGCGCCCAGGGAGGCCGAGGACCUAGGCUGGAGCUCCAGCGAGUUUGAGAGCUACAGCGAGGACUCCGAGGAGGAGGCCAAGCCGGAGGCAGAGCCCACCAGGCCCCGCGUGUCCUUCCAGCCCAAGAUGACCCAGUUCAUGAAGGCCGCCCGGAGCGGGACCAAGGACGGGCUGGAGAAGACCAGGAUCGCCGUCCUGCGCAAAGUGUCCUUCCUGCACCGGAAGGACGUCCUCGGUGACUCGGAGGACGAGGACAUGGGGCUCCUGGAGAUCAGUGUCACGGACAUCAAACCCACAGCCCCGGAGCUGGGCCCCAUGCCUGAUGGCCUGAGCCCUCAGCAGGUGGUCCGGAGGCACAUCCUGGGCUCCAUCGUGCAGAGCGAAGGCAGCUACGUGGAGUCUUUGAAGCGGGUCCUUCAGGACUACCGCAACCCGCUGGUGGAGAUGGAGCCCAAGGCGCUGAGCCUGCGCAAGUGCCAGGUGGUGUUCUUCCGCGUGAAGGAGAUUCUGCACUGCCACUCCAUGUUCCAGAUCGCCCUGUCCUCCCGCGUGGCCGAGUGGGACGCCACUGAGAAGAUCGGGGACCUCUUCGUGGCUUCGUUCUCCAAGUCCAUGGUGCUCGACGUGUACAGCGACUACGUGAACAACUUCACCAACGCCAUGUCCAUCAUCAAGAAGGCCUGUCUCACCAAGCCCGCCUUCCUUGAGUUCCUCAAGCGGCGGCAGGUGUGCAGCCCCGACCGCGUCACGCUCUACGGGCUGAUGGUGAAGCCCAUCCAGAGGUUCCCGCAGUUCAUCCUUCUGCUUCAGGACAUGCUGAAGAAUACCCCCAGAGGCCACCCGGACAGGCUCUCACUGCAGCUGGCCCUCACGGAGCUGGAGACGCUGGCCGAGAAGCUCAAUGAGCAGAAGCGGCUCGCUGACCAGGUGGCCGAGAUCCAGCAGCUGACCAAGAGCGUCAGCGACCGCAGCAGCCUCAACAAGCUGUUGACCUCGGGCCAGAGGCAGCUGCUGCUCUGUGAGACGCUGACGGAGACGGUGUAUGGUGACCGCGGGCAGCUGAUCAAGUCCAAGGAGCGCAGGGUCUUCCUGCUCAACGACAUGCUGGUCUGCGCCAACAUCAACUUCAAGGGCCAGCUGGAGAUCAGCAGCCUGGUGCCCCUGGGGCCCAAGUACGUGGUGAAGUGGAACACGGCCCUGCCGCAGGUGCAGGUGGUGGAGGUGGGCCAGGAGGGCGGCGCCUACGACAAGGACAACGUGCUCAUCCAGCACGCCGGCGCCAAGAAGGCCUCAGCCUCGGGCCAGGCUCAGAGUAAGGUGUACUUCGGCCCCCCGCGGCUCUUCCAGGAGCUGCAGGACCUGCAGAAGGACCUGGAGGUGGUAGAGCAGAUCACUGUCCUCAUCGGCACGCUGCAUGGCACCUACCAGAACCUGAACACGACCGUGGCUCAGGACUGGUGCCUGGCCCUGCAGAGGCUGAUGCGGGUGAAGGAGGAGGAGAUCCAGUCGGCCAACAAGUGCCGCCUCCGGCUCCUGCUUCCCGGGAAACCCGACAAGUCCGGCCGUCCCAUCAGCUUCAUGGUAGUCUUCAUCACCCCCAACCCCCUGAGCAAGAUCUCCUGGGUCAACAGGCUGCACCUGGCCAAGAUCGGACUCCGAGAGGAGAACCAGCCGGGCUGGCGAUGUCCGGACGAGGACAAGAAGAGCAAAGCCCCGUUCUGGUGCCCGACGCUGGCCUGCUGCAUCCCCGCCUUCUCCUCCCGGGGCCUCAGCCUGCAGCUCGGGGGUCUGGUCCACAGUCCUGUCAGCUCUCCCCUGCUGGGCUUCUCGGCAGUCAGCACCUCCCUUCCACAGGGCUACCUCUGGGUUGGGGGUGGCCAGGAGGGCGCAGGAGGCCAGGUGGAGAUCUUUUCCCUGAACCGGCCCUCACCCCGCACGGUCAAGUCCUUCCCGCUGACGGCCCCUGUGCUCUGCAUGGAGUACAUUCCUGAGCCAGAGGAGGGGGAGAGUGGAGAUGGAGACAAAGAUGAGAGCCACACGGCUGCUGACCCCUCUGCUGCUGUGCAUCCGACCAUCUGCCUGGGGCUCCAGGAUGGCAGCAUCCUGGUCUACAGCAGCGUGGACACGGGCACCCAGUGCCUGGCGACCUGCAGGAGCCCAGGCCUGCAGCCCGUGCUCUGCCUGCGACACAGCCCCUUCCACCUGUGUGCCGGCCUGCAGGACGGGACCCUGGCCGCCUACCCUCGGACCAGCGGAGAUGUGCCCUGGGACCUGGAGAGCCCGCCCGUGUGCCUGACAGUGGGGUCAGGGCCCAUCCGCACGCUGCUGAGCCUGGAGGAUGCCGUGUGGGCCAGCUGUGGGCCUCGGGUCACCGUCCUGGAUGCCACCAGCCUGCAGACUCAGCAAAGCUUCGAGGCGCACCAGGAUGAGGCCGUGAGCGUGACGCACAUGGUGAAGGCGGGCAGCGGUGUCUGGAUGGCCUUCUCCUCCGGCUCCUCCAUCCGCCUCUUCCACACGGAGACGCUGGAGCACCUGCAGGAGAUCAACAUCGCCACCAGGACCACCUUCCUCCUGCCAGGCCAGAAGCACGUGUGCGUGACCAGCCUCCUGAUCUGCCAGGGUCAGCUCUGGGUGGGCACCGACCAGGGUGUCAUCGUCCUGCUGCCCGUGCCUCGGCUGGAAGGCAUUCCCAAGAUCACAGGGAAAGGCAUGGUCUCCCUCAACGGUCACUGCGGGCCUGUGACCUUCCUGGCCGUGGCUACCAGCAUCUUGGCCCUGGACAUCCUACGGACUGACCAGGAGGAGGCCGAGGGCCCCAAGGCCGAGGAGGACAAGGCAGACGGACAGGCUCCCGAGCCAGCGCCCGCACCCUCCAGCCACGUGGGCCGGGAGCUGACCCACAAGAAGGGCGUUCUCCUGCAGUACCGGCUGCGCUCCACGGCCCACCUCCCCGGCCCGCUGCUCUCCGUGCGGGAGCCCGUGUCCGCCGACAGCUCCGCCCUGGAGCACAGCGAGGAGGACGGCUCCAUCUACGAGAUGGCCGACGACCCCGACGUCUGGGUGCGCAGUCGGCCGUGCUCCCGCGAUGCCCACCGCAAGGAGAUCUGCUCCGUGGCCAUCAUCUCGGGCGGGCAGGGCUACCGGAACUUCGGCAGUGCCUCGGGUGUGGGCGGGAGGCCGGCCCCCGGCGGGGAGAUGGACAGCACCCUCCUCAUCUGGCAGGUGCCGCUGUUGACGCUAUAG